UUUAGAUUCUGCGUUCAAUCUCUCUCGCACCUCUUCGACCAAAACCGAUAUUUACAAAAUUCACAAAUUCCCAAAAUUUUGAUCAACCAAACACAUGACGCUUGGCUCAGGUGGAUCCAGUGUAGUUGUGCCUCGGAAUUUCAGAUUGUUGGAGGAGCUUGAGCGUGGAGAAAAGGGUAUUGGAGAUGGCACUGUGAGUUAUGGAAUGGAUGAUGGUGAUGACAUUUAUAUGCGCUCUUGGACGGGAACCAUCAUCGGUCCUCACAAUUCUGUACAUGAAGGCCGGAUCUAUCAACUGAAGCUAUUUUGUGACAAAGAUUACCCAGAGAAGCCUCCUACUGUCCGUUUUUACUCUCGGGUCAACCUGACUUGUGUUAACCACGAGACUGGAGUGAUUGCGCUAAUGUUUGAAGAUGCAUACAAUCAUGCAAGACCUGUAAAUUAUUGGCCUAGAGUGGACCCUAAGAAAUUUGGGAUACUAGGAAAUUGGCAGAGAGAGUACACGAUGGAAGAUGUACUGACCCAACUGAAGAAAGAAAUGGCAGCUCCACACAACCGAAAGCUCGUCCAGCCACCAGAAGGUACGUUUUUCUAGAUGAUGUAAUAGAUAUGAAUAUGAAGACGAUAGUUGCAUUCAGUAUGCAAAAUAUUAGGUUUGGAUGUAGAGGAUGAUGAGUUGAAGGAAUGUUUUAAUUGACUCUCAUGGCUGUUUCUGCAUGAUGUUUGAUUCAUGGGAUUCUUGUUUGGGUCAAAAGUUUAAUAUACAUAUGUAACUUCUUUUAGUAA